UCCCUCAGUAGAGAUUCCAACCUGGUCCUUUCCGCAAGGCCUAACUCUGGUUGAUUAGUUUAUUUAUUUUCUUACGACCAAAACGAAUUCUCCUAGUGUCUGGACCUCAAGUCAACCUUGGUUCUGGACCACACAUCGUAACAUCAUCGAGUGUCUGAUCUCGUUCGCACCCUGCUUCUUAGUCCUCUCUCUCACCAUUUAACAAUUACACUGAUGGGGAGAGGAGAAAUUGUUUGUUGAUUUGGUAUAUUGGGGACCAUAACCAUUCCUUAUGUUUUAAAUCUAUUAGUAUUUUCAUUAUCUCCUAAUGGGUCAAACUGGUUUCCGUUUAUAAAUAACUAAUAUAAAUAUUAUAAUAUAGUAUGUAGUCCAUAUUAAUUAAUUAGGAAUUAUAAAAUUCCUAACAAUUAUUUCUUUAAUUACAACUUAUGUCUUGCUAAUAAUUAGAGUCUUUAAAAUUGAAUCAACUCUAAAUGUUAUGCAUUUAAAACAUUAAUUACCUAGGAAGAAAAAUGGGAGGUUGUCUAUCAUCGAAGCCUAAGGCAGUAGAUAAUGGCUCAGCUUCCGGCAAUACCAACUGUUUCAUGCUGUAUGCGAGAGCACUCUCAAUCACAUGGGGAGAAACUCCAGAAUAUUGGAUAUGGGUUCAGCAGAAAGAAGCAAGGAGUGCAUUUGUUCCCGACUGAAAUAUAUAUAUAUAUAUAUAUAUAUAUAAAGACAUUACAGACCUUGGAAAGCAUAAGGAAUGCCUCGAACAGUGGCACAAUAAUAGAGUUGGCUAAACUAAAAAAAGUUUGCUGGCUAGAAGUGCGUGGGAAAUUUGACAUUAGAAAGCUUUUACCAGGAAUUCUAUAUCAAGUGUCAUUUCUAAUAAUGUUGGAAGAUUCAUCUGAAGGUUGGGAAGUUCCAAUAAAUGUUAGACUUGUCCUUCCUGGAGGAAAGAGACAACAGCACAAGGUAAAUUUAAACGAGAAGUUAAGGGAGAAUUGGAUGGAGAUUCUAGUAGGUGAGUUUGUGGCAUCUGAAAAAGAUGGUGGUGAGAUGGAUAUCUCUAUGUAUGAAUAUGAAGGUGGCAUGUGGAAGAGUGGGCUAGUCAUCCAAGGUGUUGUCAUCAAACCAAAGAACUAAGUAUUAAAAUAGAUAUAUUAUGAAGUCGAUGCCAUAAAUGAUAAUUUGUAUUACUAGUAAUAAAGCUUUUGGAUUGAUGAAGUGUGCUAAUAUCAUUACUUAAAUAGGAUAUAGCAGUUUGUUGUGUAA